AUGGCUAAGCAUAGAGAGAAGAUGCAUGCAGAGACAAAUUCACGUAAAAAAAGUCAAUGUUGGAAUAAUGCACUUAGAGAAGUUGCUAAUUUAAAAGGGAAGGAUGCAAAUGGCAGAAACACAAUGAGCUUUGGUGCUCAGUUAAUGAAAUCUUGUAUUACAUUGGUGGCUCUGUUCUUAUUAAUAGAUGAUAACUGUGAGUUUUAUGGCAUGUUUGAGGUAGAGUUUAUUGAUGAAGUUGUUAAGGACAUCUUUCGUAGAUUACGUAUAUCUUCAAGGUUUCCACUACCACAACUUAUUGGGAUGGAGGAUUCCAUUAACUUCGUCACUUCAUGGUUGAAAGAUGUAUCCUCAUGUACAACUGAUAUACUCAAUAUCUUGGGUAUGGGUGGGAUCGGGAAGACAUCUUUAUCUAAAUAUGUAUAUGCAUUACAUUCUCAUGAAUUUGACACAAGCAGCUUCAUUGAAGAUAUUAGUAGGAAAUGUGAUGAAAAAUAUAAUGGGGUGCUUGAUGUACAAAAACAACUAUGUGAUGACAUUUCAAAACCAAGUUCUAUUCAAGUUCUUGAUGAUUCUAUAUACACCUCAAUGAUAGAGAAUGUAGUGGCCCGUAAAAAGGUGUUUCUAGUUCUUGAUGAUAUUGGUAGUCUCGAUCAAUUAGAUGCGUUACUUGGAAGUAAAGGUUUUCAUCCUGGAACCAAAAUCAUAAUAACAACAAAAGAUGCAUGGUUGACAAAAAGUUGUUCAUUAUUCAAAACGAACUUUAAACCUAAGUAUGCACAAUACAAGCUUGAAGGCUUAUCUAAGACUGAAUCACAAAAACUAUUGUGUUAUCAUGCAUUUAUGCGCAAUGAUCCUGAGGCAGGUUAUGAAGAGGUCUCAGAAAAACUUGUGAAGUAUUGUGACGGACAUCCAAUGGCUCUUAAAGUUUUGGGUAGAUCUCUACAUAAUCGAGAUGUGACUUAUUGGGAGGGGUGCAUAGAUACACUAAAGAAAGAAAAUGAUUCACCUAUAAAUAAUGUCUUGAAAACGAGCUUUGACUCGUUGUCAUCAAAAAAUGAAAAGGAUUUGUUUAAGCAUAUUGCUUGUAUUUUUGUUGGAAUGGAUAGAAAUUAUACCAUAACAAUAUUAGAGGCAUGUGAUAUGGAAACAACAACUGGGAUCACUAAUCUCAUCGACAAAUGCCUUCUUAGUAUUGGAUGGAAUAAUGAAUUGAUGAUGCAUGAGUUGGUUCAAGAGAUGGGAAGAUUUGUGGUACGUGAGGAAUCAAUUUACAAGCCUUGGAAACGAAGUCGAAUAUGGGGCUAUGAGUCAUUUAAAGUGUUGAAAAAAAAAAGGGUACGGAAAAUGUUCUAG